ACAGCCUUGUGGCCACUAGAAAGAAGGCUCUAUCAAUCUCUAUGGUGAUGACACGUUCAUUGGUCACGACCUUGGAUAUCUACUGCAAGCAUGGCGAAUAAAGAGCCCAACCGGUUCCUGACAAACCUGAGGGACCUGGCCAGUCGUAUGUCUGGCGCGGGGGGCAAGGGAGCAGGAAUAGGCCUCAAGCUGCUCAUUGGGGCUGGAGCUCUGGCCUAUGGGGUCAAAGAAGCUACAUUCACAGUGGAUGGAGGUCAGAGAGCAAUAAUCUUCAACAGAAUCGGGGGCAUGCAGAUGGACACAGUGCUGGCUGAAGGACUGCACUUCAGGAUACCAUGGAUCCAGUACCCCAUAAUCUAUGACAUUAGAGCCAGGCCCAGGAAGAUUGCUUCAUUAACUGGAAGCAAAGAUCUGCAGAUGAUUAACAUUGGGCUGCGUGUGCUGUCCCGUCCUGUGGCCGCCAACCUGCCUGCCAUGUACCAGCAGCUGGGGAAGGACUAUGACGAGAGAGUACUACCCUCCAUCGUCAACGAGGUGCUGAAGAGCGUGGUGGCCAAGUUCAAUGCCUCGCAGCUCAUCACUCAGAGAGCACAGGUGUCAUUGUUGAUUCGCCGAGAGCUGUUUGAGAGAGCCAAAGACUUCAACAUUAUCCUGGAUGACGUGGCCAUCACAGAGCUGAGCUUCAGCAGAGAGUACACAGCUGCCGUAGAGGCCAAACAAGUUGCCCAGCAGGAGGCCCAGAGAGCCCAGUUCUACGUGGAGAAAGCCAAACAAGACCAGAGACAUAAGAUUAUCCAGGCGGAGGGAGAGGCAGAGGCUGCCAAGAUGUUGGGACAAGCAGUGACUAAGAAUCCUGGAUACCUGAAGCUUCGACGAAUUAGAGCUGCCCAGGCCAUUGCUAAGACGGUGGCAACGUCCCAGAACAAAGUGUACCUUUCCGCAGACAACCUGGUCCUUAACCUCCAAGACGACUCUUUUAACAAUCUAUCACUGGGAAAGAAGUAGGCUCUCGAAGGCUCUAGCAUUCCACCUGUCUGAGGCUCCAUCCACAGCUAAGACCAGUUUGUCUCUUGUCUGUCCAACUGCCUAUAUCUCCGAUUGUAUAACCAAGUGGCUUACCAACUCACUGGAGAAGACUCUAAAGCAUUUGGAUUGCUCUGUAAAGUUGACCUAUGGGGCUAGUGCUGUAUGCAUGACAUGGCUAGGGCCAGGCGGAACCUGCAGCGAUAUAAUAUCUUCAUGGUCAACUCCAGAAAGGAUCUGAAAUCAAUGUUUGUGUGGAUUCAAACCAAAUAGCACUAGCCUAUAAGACAUAAUCAGCUGCUUUGUUAUUAAUAAGUUGUGCAGAUGAUGCUGUAAUGAUAUAGAUAAGGAACUCUACUUGUUAUGGCUGGCCCUAGAUGUGUACAUGUGUUUUGAGGACAGUGGGACUCUUGGGGAUUCAAAUGCAUCAGUUUGAUUGGACAAAUGCUGUACUGGAAUGGUGUAUAAAAUAAAUAAUAUUUGAAGAUGUGCUUGUGAAA